AAUCCUCUGUCCGCCUAGAAGAGCUUUGCAUUGUGGGAGCUCCUUCCUUUCUCGCUCCCCGGCCAUCUUGGCGUCUGAUCUUGGUUGGGGCUUGUCCCGCACCUAAGGCAAGAGGAUGGUGGCUGCAAAGAAGACGAAAAAGUCUCUGGAGUCAAUCAACUCUAGGCUCCAACUUGUUAUGAAAAGUGGAAAGUACGUGCUGGGGUACAAACAGACUCUGAAGAUGAUCAGACAAGGCAAAGCGAAAUUGGUUAUCCUCGCCAACAACUGUCCAGCUUUGAGGAAAUCUGAAAUAGAAUACUAUGCCAUGUUGGCUAAAACUGGUGUCCAUCACUACAGUGGCAAUAACAUUGAAUUGGGCACAGCGUGUGGAAAAUACUACAGAGUAUGCACACUGGCUAUCAUUGACCCAGGUGAUUCUGAUAUUAUUAGAAGCAUGCCAGAACAGACUGGUGAGAAGUAAACAAGAAAGUUUUCCUUUAAUAAAACUUUGCCAGAGCUCCUUUUAAAAAAUAUGGUGUCUGGGUUUCUUCUUGUUUGGCUUUCUUGAAACCACUGGCAAGACUUGGGUGAAAGUUAUACUGCCUGGUUUCCAUUUUGCUGGGGUUUUGUUAAAAGAUUGUACACUGUUUAUCAUUAUGCAAAAUGUGUUUCUGAGUAUAUUUCGGGUAUUGAAAUACACAUUUGUGUUGAUCUAA